ACAAAUAAAAGAACACUCACACACAUACACUUAGUCCCUCCUCCAAAACAGUCAGUGUUGCCCAGGAAACAGUCAGAAAUGUACCCACAUGUCGCACAAAAGGGUUCAAACACACCCUUUUUCUCUCACUGGUAGUCAAGUCCUGACUUCUCAUAUUUCACUCAGUCAAUGACCGGAUUGGCAGGUUAACACGCGACGUGGCUGUAGUGAGUCAAGGCUCUCUGUUUUUGUCAUUUUAAAUGAAUGGUACCUCUCACGGGAACAUGAUCUGUGGUUGACUGUGACUGAGCGGUACUUGAAUGCCUCUUCCUGUGUGCUGCUCUGUCGGACCGUUCCACCGACGCUUGUGUUUCUUCAGCAACUUUAAACUGCAGGGCACACUUGAAACACUGACGUGAUGGCCAGUCCAGAGGAAGUGAUUGAGCCCGAGGCUCUGACCUCGGCGGCACAAAACCUGGGCAGAAGGCGCUUCUCGCGUGACAUCCACAAUCUGAGUCCAGAUGAGUUCGAUGGCCUCAUGUCCAGCACUGAUGGGCGUCCUUUCCUGGUAGUGCAUCAUCUUCCCGAGGUGAAGGAGACGGGGGUACCUUACUUGAUUCCCGGUGUUCCUAUCACGUGCAAAGUGGACAACACGGAGAAAUACACUACUCGCUCAAAGGUCCAUGUCGGGACUCUGUACACCGUGCGGCUCACGCACGGACAUUUCCACUGGAUAGUGAAGAGGAAGUACAAGCAUUUCCAGGAGCUGCAUCGAGACCUUUACAAACACAGGAUGAUGAUUCAGUGGCUGCCGAUGGGAAGAUUUGCAAAAGAAAGGCAGGAACUGAGAACCAUGUCGGCGGAAAUGCCCAGCCUGCAUGGGACUGAAAGAACCAGAAGGACUUCCAGCAAAAUGAAAUAUCUUGAGGAGUAUCUGAACGGACUACUGGAGAACAGAUUCUGCAGGAAUGACCACAGCAUGCUGGAAUUCCUCUCUGUGGGCGCUCUCUCCUUCAUCACUGAUCUUGGACCCAAAGGCUUGGAGGGGCCCAUCUCCAAAAGGUCCGGCGGUCACCGCAUCCAAGGCCUGAACUGCUUUGGCCAUCAUCAGUUCUGUUUCCGCUGGUCUCGCCGGUGGCUGGUGGUGAAAGACUCCUUCCUGAUGUACAUGAGUCGAGACAACAGCUGCAUCAACUUUGUGUUGCUGUUCGACCCGGAGUUCAAAGUGAAAGUGGGCCGGGCUUACACGGACACAAAAUACGGCGUCUGCAUCGAGAACUUCACUCGGAAUCUGGUCAUCAAAUGCAGCAGUUAUAGACAAGCUCACUGGUGGAGUCAUGAAAUCAACCGGCUGGCAGAUUCCUGUGAUUAUCUCAAAGUGCAACGCUUUGACGGGUUUGCACCGCCGCGCGAGGACACGCUUACUAAAUGGUAUGUGAAUGGGAGGGGCUACUUUGCAGACCUGGCUGAUGCUCUCGAGAAAGCCAAGGAGGAAAUCUUCAUCACUGAUUGGUGGCUCAGCCCUGAAGUUUUCCUAAAGAGGCCAGCGACUGACAACUACUGGCGCCUGGAUGAAAUCCUGAAACGGAAAGCAGAACAAGGAGUCAAAGUGUGUGUCCUGCUGUAUAAAGAGGUGGAGCUAGCCCUUGGCAUCAAUAGUGAACACAGCAAGAGGACGCUCAUGAAUAUGCACCCAAACAUCAAGGUGAUGCGGCACCCUGACCACGUGUCCUCCGUGGUGUUACUGUGGGCUCACCAUGAAAAGAUGGUGGCCAUUGACCAAACGGUGGCUUUUGUCGGGGGAAUAGACCUGGCGUUUGGGAGGUGGGACGACAGCCAGUACCGGCUCACUGACCUGGGUUUGACAGAGAUGCCCAGUGUACCUAAGGAGGAUCCAAAGGGAAAUACUGAAGACAAUGGUGAAAUGGAUGGUCCUAAACCAUCUGAGCCGGAUAAUCCAGCACAGCAGGAUCCUGGCAGUCUGACUUGCAACACCAAACUGUGGCUUGGCAAAGACUACAGCAACUUUAUCAAAAAAGACUGGGUCCAGUUGGACAGACCCUUCGAGGAUAACAUCGACCGUACUCAAAUUCCUCGCAUGCCAUGGCGCGAUCUGAAUGCAGCCAUUCACGGCCGGGCUGCCAGGGACGUUGCCCGCCACUUCAUCCAACGCUGGAACUUCACCAAGAUCUUCAAAAGCAAGUACAAGGACGACUUCUACCCCUACCUUCUUCCCAAGUCUCAGUGCACGACCGACUCGCUCCCGUUCACCGUGCCUGGCUCCAGUAAAGCCAAAGUGCAGGUGUUGCGCUCUGCUGAUCGAUGGUCAACUGGAACCUGCGAGUGCUCCAUUCUCAACGCCUACAUCCACACCAUUAAGAACAGUGAGCACUACAUCUACAUCGAGAACCAGUUCUUCAUCAGCUGUGCUGACGCGAGGACCGUCCAUAAUGGCAUCGGCGACGCGAUUGUGGAUCGAAUCCUGCGAGCACACAGAGAGCAGAAGAAGUACAGAGUGUUUGUGGUGAUUCCGCUGCUUCCUGGAUUUGAAGGAGACGUCAGUGCCGGUGGUGGAAACGCCAUCCACGCUAUUCUGCACUACACUUACAGGACCAUAUGCAGAGGGGAACAUUCCAUCCUAUCACGGCUGAGGGAAGUUGAAGACAAGUGGACGGAGUACAUCACAGUCUGUGGCGUGAGAACGCACGCCCGACUCUCCCAGUCGCUCGUCACGGAGCUCAUUUACGUUCACAGCAAGACCCUCAUUGCUGACGACCGCUGCUAUAUCAUCGGAUCGGCCAACAUCAACGACCGCAGCAUGCUUGGCACGAGAGACAGUGAGCUGGCAGUGUUUGUGGAGGAUGAGGAGAGGGUGCCAUCCAUCAUGGGAGGCGAGGAGUAUCAGGCGGGACCCGUGACACUCGCUCUGCGCAAAGAGUGUUUCAGUGUCCUUGUUGGCUCGUCCUCGGACCCAAGUAUCAAUAUUGAUGAUCCCAUCAGUGAUGAUUUCUUCUACUUGGUAUGGAAUGAAACUGCUAAACUGAACGCCGCCAUUUACGAGAAGGUCUUCAAUUGCCCGCCCCUUAACAUUCUCCACAACCUGCGGGAAUUGAGGGAGAACUCGAACAAGCAGCGCCUCUGUGACACAGACCCUGAGCAGGCCGCAGAGGAGCUGAAGGCCGUGCGCGGACUGCUGGUCCACUUUCCCCUCAAAUACUUGUGCGAGGAGAACCUGCUGCCUUCGCUGACCACUAAGGAGGGCAUGGCUCCUGUAGAGCUGUGGACAUAACCGCGACUGGUCAGACCACUACAUAACUGUUAAAGGGCUGCUGCACCACACAAUGUUCAGCGUAGCGCUCCAAUGCAGGUGCUGCACAGUUCAGGAAGAAGACGUCACGUUUAAGACCACACGUGUAAAUCAUUGUGUUGUUGCCUAGUGAUGAGUUUGUCUGAACGUAACCACUAAAAUAUCGAUUUUUGAUGAUAAUGGAUCAUCUUUGAGAACAGUAAGUUAACUUGGCCAGUUUGUUCAGUGCACGACGAGCAGUGGAGCAAAACACACGUAAAAAUGAAUGUAUGAUUCAGACGAGGACUGCAGGGUUGUACUGGAAAUCAAGCAUCUCACAUGAUCUGGGAACAUAGUGUACAUUUAUCACUGCAAGGUUUUUGAGUGAGUGGGUGGCACUGUCUCUGUCUCUCUCUCUCUCUCUGUCUCUCACACACACACUCUGCUUUACCUCUCUCUGCAGUGCCAGCAAAUCUGUCAGAACAUUUGUGGUUGUUAUGGUGACGGAUAUAAAGAGAUGAUUGGAUUGGAGCGGAAAUAAAGACUGAAUAGGGCACAAAAAAAAAAAGGAGGGUGGGGGGGAGUGUUAGUGAUGAGUUUCUAAAUCAGGAUGCUGCUCCAGAAAACAGAGGCUAAUGUGUUGAAAUAAUACCAUAAAUAUCUGUUAUUGUUGUAGACAUGUGGGGAAAAAGAAAAGAAAUGGGAAUGAGAUAAUUAACAUGCGCUAUUAAGAGUCACCAUGACAACCAAAUAACGUAAAAUAUUAUUGCACCCUUUUGGCAGCAGCCCAGAUCAGAAUAAAUAUAUAUUAAAUAAAUAUAAUUUACCUGUGAUAAAGCUUUUUAAACCAGUUUGAACAUUGCUAUUUUCCACAAUGUUGUGUAUUCGUGCCAAACAGACCAUAUUCUCCAUUACAUUAAGCCAUAACACUGUUGAAUUUCUUUUACUGAGCCACAAAGCAUUGAGUGAGAGCGACUAUGCAGCCUUGAAAAGUCUUGCACUGGACAUAUACUGUACUGUUGAUGGUAAAAACCAGACAAGCAGCUACCCUUCUUAUGAUUUGAAAGUAGCACACAGUAGAUGCAAUAAGAAAAUGUAAUAAUAAUGAUAAGAAUGGUUCCUCAGCUACAAAUCACAUGUGACUGAAAAGGAGUUUUAAAGUGUUUAGAGGAUUCAUGCGAUUCAUACACAGUCAACGCUUUUGUUUUGUUAAGUUGUUGGAGAUAUCGGAGCAGAAUUUGUAGUUCAUAUUUUUUUAUCCUUCACUAACUUUACGAUAGCGGACGCAAUUGUGCAGACCAAUUUCUACGUGAAGCACCUUUCACAGAGUAGCCAGUGAAGCCAUCUGUGCGCAAAGAUGGUGCAUUAUUUACUCUCCAACUGUUCAACCUCUCCCAUGGAGGAUGAGUUAAGAAGUCACUCAUGAGUUCUUCCACUUUUUUUUUGUAUGAACUUAUAAAGCACAGUUUGAUUCCGUCAAUAGCGUUCUUUGUGUGUUUUAAUGAGCAGCCAAGUGACCUUAUUACUGUAUAUUUCUAUCAUGAAUUGUAUUCUUAGCUGACUUCUAACCAGCAUCACUGAUACAUGUUUAUAAAUAUAGUACUAAGAUCAUUUUUAUUUUUAACUGAUAACAUUCACACUAUGAAAUCCACUGUAUCUGUAGAUUUCUAACCCACAGAGCUAAAAAAAAUAAUAAAUACUCAUUUUUGACCAACAUUUGUUUAAGGUUUGUUACUCUUCCUUGUUCCAUAAAUAAACCUUUUAUUGAAUGUC